GAGCAACGUAUUAUGGAUGCAAAUGCAUUUACACGUUUGGACACUAAGCUGCCCCAUCUGCCCCCCGUCACGUCGCAAAGUAACUUUAAAUUUACCCCGCCCUCAGUGCGCACACUCUGCUCGGGACAGAGGACAGCCUGCCACCAUUGCCAACAUCCUGGAAGGGGAGGAGAGCUCAGCGAAUUUCACUCUCUCCCUAGGAUGCAGUGAUUCCCGUGCUCGAGUGUUGAUCGGGAGUGCCUUUGCUCUUGUGUGUGGAGGUCCUGGACGGUGAAUCAAGGGCGUGACAAGGAUUCCAUUUGGCUUUUGACGGUUAAAGGAACAAACCAAGGGGGUUGGCAGUGGUCACACAGUAUCAUCUGGUGUAAACAAACCCGACAAUGGACAUGACACAAGAUCAGGACCGGCGGGUGAAGACCCUGCGACGAGAGUUAGAAGGAUGGCGCGAGGUGUUAUAUGUUGGCCAUUCCAUUCUUGUGUGGGAGAAGCAGUACUACCCAUUCAUUUCCAUCUCGGCAGUUACAGCACUUUUUCUGAUGAUAUGGUAUCUGGAACCCUCAAUGUUGACACUUCUCUCCGUUCUGGGCAUCACAGUAACAUUGUGUGACUAUCUAGUACCGCAGAUUGUCCCGUGGAUUGUGGGAGCACAUUAUUGGACUGGAACACAUGAACGACGCUAUGAACAGAUCAUCACCUCGGUUGCCUCACUGUGUGGAUUGGCCUCAUAUGUGUCUAAUACUUUAGCCUCCAUGAAGGAGUCAAAGCCCAGAACAUAUUUUGUGAUGGUGACAGGAAGUCUCAUAGUUAGUGCAUGGAUCGGCAGCACUAUAAAUAACCUGCUUCUUACUUAUCUCAUCAUGCUAGUCUUAGUGUUACUACCAGGAAUGAAGCAUCAUGGGAUCUUACAAAAAUAUUUCUCAACGGGACUUCAAGCUAUUGCCAACCUCAUGAAGAGCUCUGUCGCAGCCAUACACGGAGGAAAGAAGUCUGACGGGGACGCCAACAAGAAGAAGGACUAAUACUUCUAAGAACCUUUCAAGUUUUUACCAUUGUAGUUUUUGUUUUCCUUCUCUUUUUUUUGAAGUAUUAUUCAGGUAUUACUCAUGCUCUGUUGGUGAUACUGAGAAAAUUCCCAGGUUUAUUUGUGUUGCAGCUUUCAAUUGGAAAAAAAGAUGCUCUCUAGCUGCAGGUUUUUAUCAGUAUAUCUAGCAUGUGCCCCACUACUUAAAAGAGUAUAUAAUGCACUUCCAUAUGGUUAAUGGUACCUAGGUUAUGUUAUGAAAUGAACAAUUGAUGCAGCUUAUUUUUUUAUUUCUUUAUGUAGAAAAGAAGAAAAAUCCACUCAAGGAAUAUUCACAUAUUAUAUUAGGAAAUGAGUAGGAAGGUACAGAACUAUUUUUGAUACCUUGAUUUCUAGUAAUUUAAAAGAGAGUGUAAAGUAUUUUGGCUAUUUUAGGCAUGGAUUAUUAUGUGGACCAAAGGUUGGCAAAAUUUCUUGCCUAUAUAGACUAUUUUAAGCUCCCCUCCCUGCAAAUUAUACUUUGACUUCUACCCAGUAGGCAACAAAAUUAUCCACAUUGUAUUUCAUAUUUUCAUCUUGAAGUAUUAUAGCACUAACAAUUUUCAUUUCUAUUUAUACAUCUGUUGAAAUAAUUUUUUUUCCACAGUAAACUAACUGAAUAGAUUAGAAAUGAUGUAAAAUGCCAUGACAAAUAUAGAGUAUAUGAACCUGCAAUCUUCCUGUCUAUGUAAUAUAUAUAUUUUAGAUGAGUGCACCAUUACAGUUAGGAAAGGUAUAGUUUCCAUAUAAACCCUCGGAUGUUUAUACAUCAUGUCGUUGACAUCAUUGCCAACCUUUGGUUUACACAAAAUCAUGUUCACAUACAAGCAUAUGCAUGUGUGUAAUUUACACACACACACACACACACACACACACACACACACACACACACACACACACACACACACUCACUCACACUCACUCACUCA